AUGCACAGAAUAUUGAAGAUUAAACAUGUCCAAGCAGUCUCCACAGAGCUCUUAUAUAUGAUCAAAGUUUCUUCGGAGCCAAGGAUAAGUAGCAUUCUAGCUGUAUUAGCAUCCAUGAUCGGAGGUUUUACAGCAUUCCCUAGUACCAAGGACGUCACGGAAAGUGAUGACCAUUGUAAUCAACAGCACAUAAUAUUUGUCAAGAAUUCUCUGAACAUUCUACAUCAUCCCCGAUCAUUUUGUGGCACAAACGAUAAAUGA